UUUUUACAAAUUUUGUAUUUUCAUAAAUUUCCCUUGGUUUUAUUUUAUACAUUUACAAGCUUGCUCCACUCUUGGCGAGAAAUGGCUCAAGGUGACACGAUUUCAACAUUCAAGUUGGUCUUAGUGGGUGAUGGAGGCACUGGAAAGUCAACGUUCGUCAAGCGUCACAUAACCGGAGAGUUUGAAAAGCGUUACCUCGCCACAAUGGGCGUAGAAGUUCAUCCACUGAAAUUUCAUACGAGUCGUGGCCCAUUGUGCUUUAACGUUUGGGAUACGGCCGGACAGGAGAAAUUCGGUGGACUGCGGGAAGGCUACUAUAUUCAGGCCCAAUGCGCCCUUAUCUUCUUUGAUGUGACCUCACGCACCACCUAUAAGAAUGUGCCCGGCUGGUAUCGGGACUUGAUUCGCACCUGUGGCCAUAUACCGAUUGCCCUCUGUGGCAAUAAAAUCGACAUUAAAAACUGCAAAGUUAAGCCAAGAACAUCCGAUUUUUAUAGCAAAAAAAAUAUGCAGUAUUUUCCAAUAUCAGCCAAAUCGAAUCGUAAUUUUGAGAAACCCUUCCGCUGGUUGGCACGCGUAUUGGUUGGUGAUCCGCAUCUGAGGUUCAUCAAUAUGCCUGCACUACAGCCACCAGAGGUUCACAUGUCGAAGAGCUGUCAGCUCAAAAUGCAGCGCGAACUGGAGCAGGCCACCGAUUUGCCUCCUGAUGACGAUGAUGAUGACCUAUAGACUAGGCCAGAGCCAAAAAAAAUUCCGUAUGUUUGAUAAAUU